AUGGUCACUCCAUGCUACAGAAAAGAGGGUAACUUUGAAAUGGUUAUAGAGAAGUUUCGUCAACUUGAAACAAGAAAAAAAAACUGCUGCAACUCUUCAGGUGAAGGAGGCGAGGGUGAACAACCACCUCCUCUAGAAGGGGAAGCACCGCCUCCACCGGCAGGUCCUCCGCCGGAAGGUCCUCCGCCGGCGGCAGAAGCCCCUCCACCAGCAGCUGAAGAACCCCCGGCAGCUCCAGCCGAAGGAGAAGCAGAAUGAAACAUGUGAUUACACUAAUUUUCAUUGCGCCGUACUGAAGCGCUCCAA